CUGGCAGCCAGAACCGGGCGCGUGGCGCGCGCCUGUCGGUGACGCGCCGUCUGGUUCCCGGUCCUGUACCGGAGGAGGAUCGGUGUCUCCUCACUGAAGGAAGCCGGAGAGGAAGGAGACAGACGCAGGAUCGCUGUGCGGCUCCUCCAGCAGCGCUUUACGGACUAACCGCAUCUUCUGGAGCUCCUGUUUGGAUCGGAGCCGAAACCAUCAGAGCUGGAGUGGUUCUGCACAGCGGAAAACUGCUACGGUGGACCGGAGUGAACUAGCCUGCUUGCUGACUCAUCUCCUGAUCCAUCCCCUUGUCUGUCUGAGAAGCUAUCUGAUGACAGAACUUCGGAGGAAGGAGAAAAAGGACUACCUGCUAUGGCCAGUGCAGCUGAUGGUCCAGGUAACAUUGGAGCCGAGCAGGACCAGCUAAACGUCCCUGUAGCUGAUCAUGGAGCCUGGGCCACGGCAAUGAAUAACCUGGGCAUCAUGACGGUGGGGAUCAGCGGGCAGCAGCUCGUUUCAGACCCUCUUUGUAUCCCCAGAUUUGACCCUGGACUGGGCCUUAUUGCACCGAUAAACCCCAUGAUGGCAGGCAUCGGCCUGGUCCCGCCUCCCCCUGUUCCCCCGGAUCUGCCUGUCAUUAAGGAGAUUAUCCACUGCAAGAGCUGCACUCUCUUCCCUCAGAACCCCAAUCUGCCUCCUCCAUCCACGCGGGAGCGCCCCCCGGGCUGUAAGACAGUGUUUGUGGGAGGACUACCUGAGAACGCCACAGAAGACAUCAUCAGGGAGGUUUUUGACCAAUGUGGGGAGAUCACUGCCAUUCGCAAGAGCAAAAAGAACUUCUGCCACAUCCGUUUCAGUGAGGAGUUCAUGAUUGACAAAGCUAUAUACCUUUCAGGAUAUCGGAUGCGCAUUGGUUCGAGCACAGAUAAAAAGGACUCUGGAAGGAUCCAUGUGGACUUUGCCCAAGCCAGAGAUGACCUGUAUGAGUGGGAGUGCAAACAGCGCCUAUUAGCCAGAGAGGAAAGGCAUCGACGAAAGAUCCACGAAGACCGCCUGCGUCCGCCGUCACCUCCUCCCAUCGUACAUUACUCUGAACAUGAGGCGGGGCUGCUAGCGGAGAAGCUAAAAGACGACAACAAGUUCAGCGAGGCCACAGCCGUCCUCUUCACCUGGAUUGACAGAGGCGAAGUCAACCGGAGGACCGCCAACCACUUUUACUCCAUGAUCCAGUCAGCAAACAGCCACGUUCGCCGGCUGAUGAGCGAAAAAGCUCUGCAUGAGGAGGAGUUCGAACGCGCCAAGGAGAUCUUCAAGAACGCCCUGAUGGGCAUCCUAACACAGUUCGAACAGAUCACCGGCAUUUUCACGGCCGCCACCAGGCAAAAGGCAUGGGACCAUUUCUCAAAAGCACAGCGCAAGAACAUAGACAUUUGGCGCAAGCAGUGUGAGGAGCUGAGAAAUGCUCACAGUGAGGAGAUAAUGGGGAUCCGACGAGAAGAGGAGAUGGAGAUGUCAGACGAUGAUUCAGACGAUAUCCCCAACAAGAGGAUGCGCACUGAAGAAAACGGAGUGGGUGAUCAGACCCUGGCCUCUCUGAAGGAAGAGAACGACUCCCUGCGUUGGCAGCUGGACGCAUACAGGAACGAAGUUGAGCUUCUGAAGAAGGAGCAGAGCAGAAUCAAUAGGCUAGACGAUGAUCACGCUCAUCCACAGGCACUAACACAUGCUAACAGCCCAGAGGCUCAGAUCCAGCUGCUGCAGCAGAGCAUGCACAGCAUGCAGCAGCAACUCCUGAGCCUGCAGGAGAAGCUGUCGAGUAAGGAAACUGAGCUGGAGCAGGCGAGAGAGGAGCAUCGGUACCUGGAGAUGGAGGUGCUCUCACUCAGAGACCGGCUGUUUAGUAGUACAGGCGAGUCCGUGGAGGGAACCAACGGAGAGCUUCAUGAAAAGAGCAUGAAUGGAUGCAUUCCCUCACCGUACCUCAGCAGAGACAGGAGGAGUGAGUUCAUGAGAGGAGGAGUCGCUUCAGAGAAAGAGGCUCUGCUGCUGGGUAUUAUAUCCACGUUUCUCCACGUCCAUCCAUUCGGGGCCAAUCUUGAGUAUCUUUGGUCGUACAUACAACGGCUGGACUCAAAGGUGUCUGCCAGCGAACUGGAGCGUCUCAUGGUGCGUCUGCCCACUAUGUUCCGGCAGGAGCUGAGCGGCGUUGGCGCAACUUUGGAGAAACGGUGGAAGUUCUGCGGCUUUGACAGCCUCAGCUCGGCGUGACGUAGGGAGGGUGCACACACACAGAGGAAGGACCUUUAUUAAACCAGUUUGUGUGCGUGUGUGCCUACCUCGUAACUCAAUACUCAGUCGAGUACUGGAACUCAUGGACUAGAAAAACACUGAAGCCUGAGAGAAGCUUGUGGAGCUUCAGGGGGAAUUGCUGUUUUAUAACAAAGCCCGCCGGGACACAAAAGCUAUGAGGCAGUUUUGUUGGAGACGCCAAGUCUGUCUUUCCUUUGAAGCUUCCCGGGACGUGAAGCAUGUCUACAGGAACACCAUCCACAGAAUUAUGAACCGAUAAUCCGGCAUACCAAAGUCAACCCUUCAGAGAUUAUGUUUGUUGGUCACCAGAUUACAGGUCUCCUGGUGAACCAUGUUUGCAGCACUGGUAGAUCAGAUCUGGGAUUGGUCUGGAAACUUAUACUUUUGUCUUCAUCCUGCAAACAUUCACUGGUACCUUUGCUGAAGAGCUGGUAGCAGGUUCUAAUUAAGCUACUGCCAUGCAUUCUAAAAUCAUCAAGAGUUGUGGGACUUUUCAUUUUUAAUAAAUGAUGGUUUGGAUCUGCAGUGAUCUGUCAGCUGCAUAUAUUUAUUAGUUUGAAUUGUAAUGGUCCUUCUGACUGCAUUUCCGUCCAGAUUUGUGCAUUUUACUUAUAUUGCCUUUAAUGUUUAAGAGGUUGAAAUGCUGAAAACAUUAAAGACUUUUAAACUAAUUUUUUUAUCCUUUUGCUGAAUUUGUUUAUGAGUUUUCAUCUGAUUUAAUGACACACAGCAGAAUUCAUUGCAGUUGGAUCAACACAGCGUCUCAAGUACAGUCAAUACUGCAAAGGAAAUGUUUUAAUAUUUACAACAUCCUUGUCUGACAUAGAACUGUCAGUAUUGAAAAAUAAAGGAAUUUUAAAAAAGAA